CAAAGGCUACAACUCGAUUCCCUAAAAUGGAUUUUUCAGUAUUAUCUCCUACAGAUCCACACUCUUUUGCGAAACCAGAAGAGGCACGUGUAAAACAUAUCGAUUUAGAAUUGAACGUGGAUUUUUAUGGAAAAGUUCUCAAAGGAAAAGCAAUUUUGACUAUAGAAAGGAAACCUUCAGUUAACCAAAUAAUUUUAGAUUGCCUCGGACUUUUUAUAUCAGGUGUCACAGACAUUGAUGACAAACCAUUAAAUUGUCAUAAUAUAGAUGUUGAUAGUGCAGCUCGUGGAAGUCCUAUUAACGUACAGUUACCACAAGCUGUUGAUAUUAUUUAUAACUCUGAAUAUAAAAUUCAAAUUAAAUAUGAAACAAUUUCAACCUCUCCUGCAUUACAUUGGCUAACACCUGCGCAAACUGCUGAUAAUUUAUAUUCCUUUCUUAUAUCUAACAACAAGCUAAUAUAUGCUAGAGCAUGGUUUCCCUGCCAGGAUACCCCGUCUGUCAAAUUUACGUACACUGCUAAGAUUUCAGUACCAAAAGUAUUUACAGUUCUAAUGUCCGCUGUUUUGCGAAAUAAAAACUCCGAAAAUCCGAAAUUAGACGUAUAUGAAUUCUGUCAAGAUAAGUCAGUACCAUCUUAUGCGGUCAUUAUUGCUGUGGGCGCACUAGAAAAAGAAGAAAUUAAUGCUUGGACCAGUCUAUAUGCCGAAAAAACAUAUAUUUCUUCCGCUCGCUAUACGUUCCGUUCAGGCAUUAAUACUGGAAGCAUGUUGGAGGUUGCCAAAAGUUUGUGUGGACCUUAUAUUUGGGGUAGAUACGAUAUAUGCGUGCUUCCACCAAGUAUCGCCGAUUUUAAAAUAGAAUGUCCAUGCGUGAUGUUUAUUUCGCCGAUUCUACUGCCUGGAGAUUGUUCUAAUAUCAGUUUACUUGCCCGGAACAUCUCACAGAGCUGGGCAGGAUGUUUAGUUACGUGUUCGAAUUAUGAGCAUUUGUGGUUAAAUAAGAGUUUCAGCAUGUUCAUUAGCAGAAAAAUUAUAAGCAAACUAUUGAUACAGAUUAAAGAUAUGAACUCUUUUCUCAAAAGAAAAGGAAUAGCCCAUCUGCGAUAUAAGAUUAAAGAAUCCACAAAUGUCGCCCGGCCAAAAUGCUUAUUACCCAAUUUGAGAGAUUUGUUUCCCGUUAUUGAAGCUACCGAAUAUGUGCCAUAUGGAAGGGGAUGUAUGCUUUUAGAGAAACUAGAAGAUAUGUUAGGAGGACCCUCAGUAUUCGAACCAUUUCUUAAAUCUUAUUUUAAUGAAUUUGCAUUGAAGAGUAUAAACACUCAAGAUUGGAUAAAAUACUUGUAUCAAUACUUUUCUGACAAAAAGAAGCAUUUAAAAACAACGACUUCAAUGAUGUUUUCAGAUGUUAGAUGA